AUGAAGGAUUACCAUGCUGAGCAGGUGCUGACCCUGGCCCUGCUGCUGCAGCCCGAGCUGGGCCGCGUUGCCCUGCGGCUGCGCGCGGCCCUCGCCGGCACCCACGUCCCUGGGACACACUCCAUUGCCUUCAUCAGCUGCCUCAACGAGCAGAUCGCCAAGGAUAUUGCCAGGGCCAUCAUGGAUAAGAAGCUGGCUGCCCACGUGAGCAUCCUGCCCAAGAGCUUGGCCUUGUAUUUCUGGAAAGGGGAGCUGGAAGAAUCCACUGAGAUACUGCUGUUAGUGAAAACAAGGACAUCCAAAAUAAGUGAAUUGUCCAACUAUGUCAGGUCCAUCCAUCCCUUUGAAAUCCCUGAAGUCAUCAGCCUGCCUAUCGACCAAGGAAACCCCCUGUACCUCAGGUGGUUGGAGGAGAGCGUCCCACGGGACUGA